CUGGGGACUAAAAUGAACAUAGCUUUGUACUUUACACAAGUUUUCAAGUGUUGUUUUGUAGUGAAUAUCUUCAUUUAAACCAGGGAUGUCAAACCAACUUAAUGCCAUAGGCCACAUGCAACAAACUUCUGUGACCAGACCAGUGAAAGGGAGAUGGGCUGCUGCCACCACAGUCCACUUCGCACACGCCCCUGACUGAUAUGCAUAAGUAGGUAAUGAGUUUAAAUAUCGUGCAUCUCGUGGAAGAAAUCAUAUCGUUUGUCCUGUAUGCACAGAAACGGUUAAUUUUCAGUCGGAGGGUGACGACUUGUUUUGCCGUUGGCUCUCUCUGUAUCCUCCGCACACGUGAGCGUGGGGCGGAAGACUGAGGAGCCUCCCUGUCGGCCUUCAGGAGGGGCUGAAGGUGACUCUCCGCUCGGCUGGGAUGCGGAGGGAGCUGCUGGGGGAUCUUUUCUGAUCCUGUUCCGGGGAACAGUCACGCACCGCUGCGGGAGGAGGCUUUAGGCAUUAAGCGGGGAGAAAAAAAGAAAAGCCCACACCCAGCAGCGUCUGCGUGUCGUCUUCUUCUCCACAGAGGACACAGCAGCCACCAGAAAAGAGAGAGCAUCCCUCGCUGCGUCUGGCUCGGCUCCGGUGGUGGGUGUGCAUGCAUGUGUUCUGCACCGUACGGGCGGAAAAAACGCCCAAGAUCCACAGGGAGCAUCUUUCCGCUCGGUAAAGCGGCGCAGACGGAGACGGAUCGCCGGGAGAGCACUGAGGGGGCUGUGGACGACAGCAGGAUGACUGUGCAGGAAUUCAACACCCUCGUAGCGCUGUACCGGGAGCAGGUCAUCUCCGUCGGGGAGAUCUCCGCCGACUGUCCUUCUCUGCGGGCUCAGAUGCACCACACACGGUCCAAAGGAUGCUCCAUGGCCCGGGCUGCGCACCAGGACCUCGCCGUCAUCUCUGUUUCGGGUCCAGAGGACGGGGAGAUCCAUCCCGAGAUCUGUCGGCUCUUCAUCCAGCUGCAGUGCUGCCUGGAGAUGUUCAUAACGGAGAUGCUCAAGUCGAUGUGCCUGCUGGGGGUGCUGCAGCUACACAGAAAAAGAACAGACUCGGAGCCAAAGCUGGAUUUCAGACUGGACGAGAGCUCAGAUGUUCCCAUCCUGGAGGACCGAUCCUCCUCUCCCAUCGACUUUCCUCAGGAGCUGUGGCUGGUGGGAAAUGAUAUUGAAAACAUAGAGAGAGAUAUGCGAGAGAUGCGAAAUCUACUCAGCAAACUCAGGGAGACGAUGCCCUUGCCACUGAAAAAUCAAGAUGACAGCAGCUUGUUGAAUUUGACUCCUCACCCACUGAUAAGACAGAGGAAGAGACGCUUCCCUGGACUCUGCUGCAUGGUGUCCGGCUAAGAGUUUGACAGUAAAGGACUUUGAUUUCAAUUUGCUUUAUUCAAUAAUGUCUAUUUAUUUAGAGGCACUCUAAAAUUAUUUAAUCCCAUCCUUCAUUUUUUUAACCAAUAUCUGAAAUUGUAAUCUUGCAGUAUGUGUUACCAGGCUCUAUUUGUCCUCGUCAUCUUGAUAUUUACUGUUUCAGACUUCUCAGCUCAUGUGUUCAGGCAGCUUUGGUGCUUAAAGUUUCAGGAUUGAUUUUUCAAAUGUAUCUUAUUAAGACAUUUAUCUUCUAAGCUCUAUAUAUCUGAGACUGGGUAGGCUAACUGUUGGUAAUAUUGCUUUGCCAUUCUCAGAUUCAGGUUCCAUCUUGUUGGGCUUUAAAUACAGAGAUAUUUUUCUGGUUCUUUUUAAAGGUGCUAUUUAUGACAUACAGAACCACUGGGUGAUGUAUUAGAGCACCAGCAGGUCAGCCCAAAACAAAGGGCCCACCGUCAGCCACACCCUGCUCCGUUUAGAUUUUUUUUAACAACCUGAAAGUGUGCACUUGAAAAAAAAAACAGAAAGGAAAUCAGCAACAGCCACUAUCAGAUGCUAACAAGGUAAAAUACACAGAUGAAAUAGAGAAAAUACACAGGAACUCUGUGUUUCUGUUUCACUAACACCGCACAGAGCAGAGGAGAAAGCAGAAAAAACAUGUCCUAAAUUUAGUAAAUGUCAUGAAUAAAAUCUUUUUUUUUAGUUAUUUGGUUUAUUAGAGCACUUAAUACUGCACUUUGGUCAGUAUUCACCUUGUGCUGCCAUCAGAGUGUUGGCAAAUUAAUAACUUAAAGAUUGUUGCAUAGAAUCAAUUUACACUUGCUAAAUAUCGUGUACGUUAUUUUUCAGUUCUUAAAAUAUAGCAUGAUGGCAUGCUGAAAGGCUUUAAAACAGUUUCAUGCUGUACAGUUAUUUUUAUAAUUAGUGUUGUAGAAUUAAAGAAGUAUUUUCCUGGGGAUAAAGUACAAAAUUGAAACUUUAGUUAUCUACUAUAAGCCCAAAAUUUGGAAAUUGUUUUAACCCCUUUUUAUUUUUGUAAUAAUGGUAAUAAUGUGGAAACCAUUAAAGGUAACACAGGAUAUGAACCCUUAUCACCCAGAUGAAAGUCCCUUAAUUGACCUAGCUGGCUAAAAGUGCACUAGUUCUCCUAAAAAAGACCCAUGAUUGGCCAAAGUCAUCAAUGGUUAGACUUUCUAAAGCCUGCAAUUAGAGUCCAGAGUAGGUGAAGAAGCCUAGUUCCCCCUCAGACCAUUUGAAUUACAAUAUAAAGAAAGUUUAUUAUGGAUUGUGUUAUUACUGGGGUCCAACAUGUUGUCUACCAAAGCUUAAAAGUGGGACAUCUUUGAUUUUUGUGUUUUGUUUGUUUGUUUUUUGGGAAUUUUCUUCCCAAUCUUUGUGUUUUUACAUAGCGAAAGCUAACAAAUGUACAUAUUCAGGCUAUGCACAGGCAAAGUCAGUUUUCAGCUAUCUCUUGUGUGCUUGUGUCAAACUGCCAUGGUUGAAUGUGUCACAGUGUGAGACUGGUGAGUCUCUGUAUACCUGUGUGGUGUAGGUUAAACAAUUCAUCUACAGUCUUAUGGCGCAUAAACAUAACUAGCUCCUACAAUAUUUGCAUUCCUCCUACUGUAGAAGCUAAAGGAUUUAGAAUUUAUUCAACUAUGUGUAUGUAGGCUUAAAAUAAGCUUUAGAUCAGGAAAGAAUGAGCUGUUUAGCACACAACCUGAAUUUUGCCUUGUAGAUUUCAUCAGCCUCUUUGUUUUUUUUCCCCCAAUGUGUGUAUAUAUGUUGACGCUGACAGUGUUUUUCUAGGUGAGUAACUUCCAGCAGAUGAUGGUUUUAUAUUGGCUUUGGUGGUGUUUUCAGCAGGGGCAAGUCAAAUGUUCCAUAGACAAACACUUUAAAGCUGCCAUAAUGGUUACUCAAGACCCUGGAAGAUGAAUACUAAUAAUUUUCCUGACUUUAUCACUGUUUUCAGUUUUACAGUUACAUUAAUAUCAAGAAAAAGCCCAAAUCAAACAUAUUAAAAUGUACAAACUAUCUAAAUGGGAAGCACGCAACAAGAAAUGUUAUGUUUGGAAGCGUGUCCAGGGAAUAAAGCCAGUUGAUGUCCAUGAACUUUUGUCUAGCCCCAUUCUCUGGCAAAGUCACUAUUACCCUAUAGUAACACUGUAAAAUUAGAACAAAGUGUUACUCUAGUUUCAAGAAAAUCCAUCCAUCUGUUUUCUGACACUUAUCUGUGUUUGGGUCAGGGGAGCAGCGUUAUAAGCAGAGAUGAUAAGACUUCCGUCUCUCCAGCUACUUCCUUCAGCUUUUCUGAGGGGACACAGAUUCAUUCCCAAGCUGGAAGAGACAUCUCUCCAACAUGUCCUCAGUAUUGCCCUGGGCAAGGGUAGGGACGUAAAUCAGCCAGGAAAUAAACAGCUUUGCUUUCAAAGUAAAGAAAUACAUCAUAAAAUAAAAAAUUAAAAGUAAAUCAUUUUGUCAUUUUGCCCUUCAUCCUAGUAAAACAACAAGACUACUGAAUCCAGUUUUGUCUAAGAAUAAUGUCUUUUAAUAUCUUGAAAAAAUAUCAACCUUCCCUUCAUAAUAUUAUAGUUAUUUUCCUAGCUGUUGCACUAAGCUAAGCUAAGCUGUCAAGGAUGUAUUUCAUUCAGUAAUCUGGGAUGUUAUGCACACCGAAGCCUCUAGGGGACACUAGCAUUAUCAGUCUUAAAGAAUAUUUUUGACGGGAAGAAAAUAUUAAAAAAGCCGCACACACAAACACGCAGACAAAAUCCAUAUGAAGCAUUUUACUACAGCCAUUUUCCUCGCUGAAUGUAACGGUCAUAUGUGUUGUAAAUUAGUGUUUGUGCUAUUUAUUACUUUAAUGUAACAUUGGUGGUGUUUCAAUUGAGGAAUGCGUCGUUUUAUUUUUGUCAGGCAUGUGUUUGACUUGUGUGUAUUUACCGUGUCCUGCAAUGUAGAGAAACACAGCUAAACCUAUGUACAGCCAAUAGGACAUUUUAUAAUAUGAAUAAAGUUUUAUAUACAAGA